AUGGUACCCAUAAGACCACUUGGUCGAGUAAUAACGCAAUUUAUAUUUGUCGUUAGCGGGAGCGUUAUUAAGGCUACAUACAACGCGUACAGGCAGUCCUUGAGUAACGGUGGCGGCGUUUUUACCGGGGGAAUAAGUAAGGUAAUGAGUAAGGAGGAAGCCGCUAAGAUUCUGGGAUUUAACUCUUACGAUAACUUAAAGCUUAAACAAAUCCAGGAGGCACACAAACGGCUCAAAACCAUCAACUCGCCCUCAGGUUCAUUUCAAGGUUCUCCCUAUUUAAUACAACGCAUAGACGCCGCUAAUAUCAUACUAACCAACUUUUUAAAGUCUAAUCGCUCAAGUAAUCUCUGA